AUGUCAUAUUCCAACACGCGGAGGAAAAGUGGUAACCAAAUUCCCCAGAGAAGUGGUUAUAACAAUUAUGAAUUUAAUGAUGAAAUUCAAAAUGCAAUAGGAGUUAUACAAUCUUAUACAUCCAAAAUUUCAAAAAUAAAUAAUGAUGAAGAAUGUUCUAUAGAAAACUCGGAGAGAGUGCAAGAAUUGGUACAAAAUGGGAAAUUAAAAAUAGAGGAAAUACAACAGAAAUUGAAGAGGUACUCUAGAAAUAUCGAAAGUCUUCCUCAAAAUGAGAAGAUUCGUAUGAAGCUAGUUAUGCAGAAAUUAUCCACCUCAUACAUGAAAGCAGUUGAUAAUUUUCAAAAGGCAUCAAAAAAUUAUAUAAAUAAAACAACAAUGAAUGAAAUGUCUAAUCAAAAUAAUAGAAGAUAUGGAAAUGAAGAAUAUGAUUCAUAUAAUAAUUUUUCACGAAAAUCUAAUUCUAAUUAUGAUACAAAUAGGGAUAAAUUAGAUGUCAAUAUUUAUGAUUACAAUUUUUAUGAAAAUGAAGAUAGUGAUACAUUUUAUAAAAACGGAGGGAAUUUUGAGCAUGAAAAUUUAGAGGCUGGUUAUGGUAAAAAAAGAAAUAGUAGAAAAUAUAAAAAUAAUAUGUUUUCACGUGGUAACGGAAAUGAUGUAAAUGAGCAUUUAUUACAAAAUAAUGAAGAAUAUUUAGAAAAUGAAAAUAAUGGAUAUUAUAAUGAUAGGCAAUUUGUAUCUAUAAAUACUACCGAUAUUGAACAUGAAAUAUUAAACCAAAAAAAUAAAGAAAUAAAAAAAUUACAUGGUGAUAUAGUAAACAUUCAAGAAUUAUAUAAAGAGUUAUUUGAUCAAGUAAAUGUUCAAGGUGAAGCUAUUGAUAAUAUAGAUUCACAUAUGGCUAGUACUCAUGAUCAUAUUAUGAUGUCUGGUCGUGAAAUUGAAAUUACUAGAAAUAGAUAUUCUACAAGUAUUCGAUGUAUUAGCUACCUUUUUAUUAUUUUAAUAAUUUUAGUAAUAAUAAUUUUGGUGACUUUUAAGAUUAUAUAA